UGUGGAAAUGGUUGUGGACAUCGUCCAGAGGCGAGAAUAAUAGGGGGCUCAACGGCCUCCCCUCAUUCAUGGCCCUGGCAACUAUCACUGAGGGUCAUGAAUGGUCACUCUUGUGGGGCCUCCCUUAUCAGCCCCAGAUGGGCCAUCACGGCAGCUCACUGUGUGAUGAGAAGUAAUGACCCUCACGUGUACAGCCUUGUCGCAGGUGCGUCUAUAGUGGGGCAGCUUAAUGCUAUAAGAAGGACCCGAAAACAUCAGAUUUAUUAAGGUAAAAAGUACACUUUCUCAGUAGGAUUAGACAAAUUAUAUCCGCAUAAUUCACACCACUCUAGGGAAUCCAAGAAAGUCUUAGAUUCUGGAUUCCACGCCGUAGAUUUCGAAAUCCAGAUACUGGAUUUCGGAUUCUUUGUUAGUGGAACUUGGAUUACGGAUUUCAAAGCCCAGGAUACGGGAUUCCACAAGCAAAAAUUUACCAGGAUUCCGGAUUCCACAAGCAAAAAUUUACCGUAUACUAGAUUACCUUACAAAAAAUGGGUCUAAUCAUUUCGAUCGCAAUGCCGGCUCGGUAUCUAACUGGAUUAUCCGGCAUAAUGCUGGCAUAAUACCCAGUCAUUUAUGUGCAGCAUAACUGAGCACAUUUGCAAUUAUCGUUGUUUUACGGCAUUUAAAUCGCAAAAUAUACGUGCUCGCUUUUGAUAAUAAACAUGAAUAAACAUAUACCAAUUUGCACAUUUAUAAAAAUUAUAAAUUUAUUAAUCCUUACUCUCAGUCAAAAGUACAAGGAGAUACAUUUAAAAUAACGCAGCUCUACGAACUAAAAGGCCGAGAUGCACCAAAGGUAAAAGCGGAUUUCAGUUGAGUCUCACACCACACAACUGUUGCACAGAAUCGCCUCCAAGACGGUCUUGGAUUCUGGAUUCCAAUCAAUAAUGGGAUUCAGAUUACUUGAGCUGUAUUCCGGAUUCCAAAAGCAAAAUUUUUCAGAUUCUGGAUUCCACAGGCAACUAUUUUCUGGAUUCCCUUACAUGGAGCAAACAGAACCUAUCCGAUGCGACACUCCACCGAUGCGAUCGGCACAGCGCAGCUUCGCUCCCUUACAGAAAUCGAGCCGAAAUUACCAUUGUUUUCAGUUGUGUAAGCAGAAGCCCUGUGGUGUAUGGUGUAUAGUGCAGACCCAAGAGCUAACCACUAGGGGCCGUCGACAUAUUCACUUUUCCUCCGCUUAACGUCAACUGAACGUUUAGGGGGGCAGUUGUAAGGCAGUGGACGUUAGUGCGGGGCAUUUUUGGACACAAGCAAACUGAUGCAUUUUCAUACUAAAAUUUUACGUCAUGUGUGGAACGGCGCUCGUGACAUUAUUCAAUAGAAAGCAGAACCAAUUAAAGAAGGGAGUGUAAAUUUUGAUCUUUUAAACUCUCCCCUUAACUACUAGCAAAUUGUACAUUUUACAUUGUGAUCUUUUAAACUCUAUAUUAAAAUAUGAAUUUUCUACCGGCCGUUUUAAAAGCAGUAAAUUGUGUUGAUACCGUUGACAUUUUCACGCAAUUGCGUCAGGGGGAGUAUUCCUUUUGGGGGAGCAGCAAAAUUUCAAGUGGACGUUAAGGAGGGGGAGGGGGUCUGACCUAAACGUCCAGUUGACGUUAAGCAGGGGAAAAGCGAAUAUGUCGACAGCCCCUUAUAGACUAAACAUAGCCAGUGUUCGACUAACAUUUCUUUUAUGACUAUUUCUAUAGGAGCGCACCGCAUUGAUGGAGAUGGUGUCGAAUAUCGCAUCAAUAAAAUCAUCACUCACCCUGCAUAUGGUGUCGCUUACCACAGGAAUGAUAUUGCAUUGUUGAGACUUGUCAAACCUGUAAAACUAGACUCAAAAGUUGGCACCGUCUGUUUUCCACCGAAAGGCUCACGGGUUGCCUCUGGUACUCGAUGCUGGAUAUCAGGUUCUAGUGCUAUCUGCGUUAGGUUCAAACCAUACAGAGAAUACAUAUACAGAUCAGUGUGGAAAAUCUGCCUUUGCAUUUGCAUUUCGUGUUUAAAACCCCAAUAUUAAGCUACAACUUCACCAUACCUGAUCUCCAUACAUUUUCACACUCCUCCGUAACAGACCCAGUGGAAUCUAUAUCUUCACUGGGUUCUCGAAGAAAACGUCACUGGGUUGGUCUUUUUUCCUCUGGGUUUUCUUCUUAGUUGUGUGCUUCCCAUAAAGGGGAAAGGGGUGGCAGGCCUUACAUCUUUACGGAUAUGAAAACUAAAGAACUAAACGAUUUACACUUUUUUUAUGCGAGAUUGAUUACCUCUACCCUCCGUAUGUUAUUAUUAUUAUUAUUAUCAUUAUUAUUAUUAUUGUUAUUAUUAUUAUUAUUUUAUCAAUGAUAAUAAUGUUAUAUUUUUUUGUUCUUUUUAACAAUUAUGAACAAUGGAAUACACUGGUCUUAUAGAAGUCAUGAUAGAAAGUGACUGAGGAAGAAAAAAAUCAGCUGGGAGAAAACAAACUUUUCGCGGGGUAUCGGAGGGGUAGGGGGCGUCUCAAUUAACACUGGGUAGGGUUUCACUGGGUCUGUUACAAAGGGGUGUAUUUCCAGUAAAGGCCUCGUUGAAAGAAUUUGAUAAAAGAUCAAGGCAUUUACCCUUUGGUGAUAAUUUUAUUAAUUCUAAUUUCCUUGUUUCUUGAUAAUGUAUUUCGAGAAAAUUUGAUGUUGCUCACACCUAGGAAUUUUUCAGGUACACUUCUUGAUCAAGAGACAAACUAUUUUUACAGAUAUCUCGACGCAAUCUUAAGAUGUAUGGUCAUAGCGAUUUUUCGUACAUUGCACCAUGAUUAUGGAAUUCCCUUUCCUAUGAUAUGAGGAAUUGCGAGUCGUUUACUACUUUUAAAACUAAGCUUAAUGCCUUUCUCUUUGAACCUAUUUUUAAUUAAUAUUGUAUUAUGAAAUUAUUUGUAAUAGAACCUUUUAUUGUUAAUUAACAGUGUUUUAAGUUGCCUAUUUUAAAUUUCUGAUAUUGUAAAGCGAUGUUGUAUACUUUGUAGUAGGAGCACUAUAUAAAUUAUCGAAUUAUUCAACUUAGGUUGGGGUACAGAGCGCUUCAACUUCUGGGGCUCAGCAAAGUCCCCGACCCACCUCCAGCAAGCUUAUGUACCAGUGGUUGAUAACAAUACUUGCAAGAAAAAAGCUGGAGAUAGGGCGCACGACCCUACAAUGGUUUGUGUGGGCGGAGCUGGAAAAGGAGCUUGUCAUGGUGAUAGGUACCGAGAUAAUUGUUUAAGUAAUACCAAUUUAAGCACUGAAACACAAGUACCAACUCCUCGGUAUGGCCAGUACCUUACGCACGCGCACAACCAAAUCACCCAAAUCAAAUAACAUAAAGCAAAGUAAGUAAAUAACGGCACGAUUGAAUAGAGACUAGGAUAAUUUUUUAACAUUUUUAUAAGACGGGGACCUCAACAUAAUCGUCUUUUGACUGGUAAAGAAAAUCCAUAUCUGAUAUCUCUUUCGUCAGCGUGGAAAACUGGGGGUUUUAGUUGGUUAUUUUCUCUCAUAAAGAUUCGAGGCAUUAUAUAGAAGAGGUGGCAAAGAAGGACGAAACAGAUUGUGAAACAAAAACUAGGAAAACCAAUAAGACAUUCUAUUAAUAAGAGAAAAAGGGGAACUUUAUGAAGGACACCGCAUCCUUCAGUCUUGGUCAGGUUACGUGACUCGAAUUUGCAAUGAAGAAAUCAACGAAUACAAGGCACAGACAAAAACGAUAGCUGGAUUCACAACCCGCCAACAAACUGACUGGUGGUAUCAUAUUGGCUUCUUGUUACAUUAAAACCAAUGAAAUAUUGGAAAGGGUCACAGUUGUUGUGGCUACAUAAUAUAUAGCGCCCUUCGCAUAUUACAGUGAUUAGUUUUUAUAUAAUAAAUAGGUCAUUACAUGGCCGCUUGGAGGUAUGGAAUUUCUCUUCAGGUGAUGAAAUUUCGUAUUUUCGCGAGGUCAUGUGAUAUCCUCUAUUUAAAUAUUCUUACAGAUCCUAAAAGUGACUCGAUUUUAUUUUUUUGUUUAUUAGCGGUGGACCCCUGGUGUGUGAAGAGAAGGGCAGUUGGAUUCUCCGAGGUGUCACUUCGUGGGGCCACGAGAAGUGCAAAACCGAUCACUACAGCGUAUUCACUCGUGUCAGCUUCUACAUCUCUUGGAUUGAGAAUCAGAUUACAAGUGAGUCUAGGCAUUAA